AACCUCGCCCCUUCUCUACUCUAGGAUAACCGAAAAAUAAGAAAUGCUUGUGUGUGUGUGUUGUGAGUAAUGUAGAGUAACGGGUGGAAACAAGGUGAACAAUGUACCUGGAUAGACGUACAAGUAAUCAAUACCACCACUUCGCCGCCCACGGGGGAAGAAAUUGUGUCACGUGAUCGAGAUAAGGAUGACCCCGCCACCCGGGUCGAGCAGACGACUCAUCCAACAAAGCGUUUAGGCUGACACCGGAUACCCCACUGCACAAACAUAAUGCACGACAUUCCAGGCGGCCUGGUCAGUCAACAACAGAGAUUUAAUUUUUGUCGAUAUUCAGCAAUCAGUUAGUGGGCGCCAUGACACCGUCUCUCAGUACAAGGACCGUCCUUGCCUACCCCUCCUGCCCCAGCCAGCUAAGAGGAUGACAUUCUGGUCUCGGUACGAUCCUGUUCGCAUGAGCGCAGGAAACACAGACUACUGGAACAAGAUGAGAGUACAGAGAGAAGACCAGAGUGCCAGGCUAAAGUAUGGGGUAAACUCGCCCAUGUUUCCUGCAGGUAUUGCCACAUUCGGUCCUACUUCAAAGCUCCAUAGGUCUGCUGGCGGUAUCCCACGUCUACCCGACCUAGCGUUCCCCAACAUGGGGGUGGAAAGUUCCCGGGGGCAGCUGCCAGGGGCCGUGGCUAGGAGUCAUCCAUCUCCCAGACUUCGUCGCUAUUUGAUGGACAACGAGUUCAACCGCCGUGCUCGUGAGGGCUUCCGGUACUGGCUGAUAGAGAAGCCCAAGCCUACGAAGUUUGGCAGGUAUGGCAUCGGUUCGUACAAGACAGCGCUGGGAGUAGGCAACGCCCCAAGAACGUAGGCCAAUAUACGUGAAGUCACGUGGUGACUUAGUAGACUUCUGGGGUCAUAGUUAUGAAGCAAAAGUAAGUCGUUUCCCCAGGGCAAAAUGGAGAGCUGAAGAAAAAUCAGCGUCGAGAACCCGCGAACUCCAUAGGACACUCUUGCCAUCUCUUUAUCACUGUGGAUCCAGGAGUAAAAUAACAUCUGAGAGGUCUGGACACCUGGACAUUACAACUUCGGAAACAAGACCCUUGCCCUCGGGUUCUCCAACAACUUACCCUCGCUUCAUAGCUACCGCUCCUGAAGGUGCUUGACCUGGCCACCAGUCCAAAUAAGUUGAUUCUUGAUAAACGCUACACCUGGACAAGUCAACUAUCAUGUCAUCAGAAAGGACGCUGAUAAUUAAUUUUUUUUGUUAGUUUGGUUUGUAUAUUUAAGGAGUGAAGUAGGAAGAAUUCAUGCAGAAGAGAACGUGGGUGAGAGAGUGUGAGAGAGUGUGGACGUGAUGGUCGCGCUCAUGAUAGGGUCACAAAAAAUGUGUACAUAAACAAUUUACCUGUAACCGUGUGUGCAUGCAUGCGUGUAGAACACAGCAACAAACAAUGUCGGGUGUUUGAAAACUGUAUAAAUGCUAAUUUACAGUAAUGUGUUGCUUAGCUACUCAGAUAAGUUCUGAGAAAUGAGCCAUUGGCCCAUGUGUGUCUGUGUGUGAACAUUUUGACCUGUUCGUGUCUGCAGUUAGUCGUUGGACGAAGUGAUAGGUAAGGAUUUAAAUAUUUAAAUACAGGUUAAAAAAUGUCCGUCCAUUUCAACGAGAUUUUGUCCAGAGAUUAUACAACCCCUUUAAUGAGGCCGUUGGACCAAUGUAUUGUGCAUACGAAUGGGUCCUUCUUUUUUUUGGAAAUGUUAUUCUAAAUGUUAUUUUGUACAAUCAUAACGGUCCUGGCCUGGACUGGGCUGCUUGUACGAGCGGUUCAUCGUUUUAUUGACACAUCAAAGAGAAGGGAACUACCUUUCACUCUCUGUAAGUUAUAAAUAUUUACUUUCACUCUAUGUAAGAUAUAGAUAUUUAUUUGCGUACAGAGAAACUCUCAUGCAGUCCAACCGUGACACAACCAGGGUGACAAUCUAAAAGGAAAUGCGUUUGUGUGAAUAUUUCUGUAAUGGAAUGAAAUACUGUUUCGAUGUUUAUUAAUAUUUUAACAUAUUUAGAAAGGUCUUGAAAAGGCAAGUGAUGUAGUGUGUAAUGAAUGCUGAGAGAAAAUAUUUAUGUGUAAAUGGUGGUGUUGGACGUCUCAUCCAUUUCAGCACGCUGUCGUAGUAAAAGAGGGAAGAGAGAGAGAGAAGACGAUAUCAACGAAUUUUGAGGCUCUGGCUUGUUCUACUACUGCUUGCACCAAAAAAAAAAAAAAAAAAAAAAAAGAAGAAAAAAAAAACCCAGGUGCAGUGCCGAGGCUGUUUUCAAACUCAAGUAAAAAGUAUUUUUCCAAGCACCGAAAUUCGAUAUUACCUAAAUAUCCACCUUUUUCGUCGGUCACAAAAAUACUUGAUUUUCGUCUAGUCUGUAACUGUAGUAGAGGGACUGGGUUUCAGCUGUGAAUAUUUCACCGACUUGAAAUUCAGGAUUUCGUUCCAAAAGAAAAUGAGCCAACGAAUUGAAGCUCUCAAACUUGUCCACUUUUAAAUAAAAUAAUGAUUUCACCUUUCAACGUGCCCGCGCUGCUUUAUUUUUUUGUCACAACAUCAGUGCCAGAAUAAAAACUAUGGGCAAGCAUUGAAACCUAUAUUGUUUGCUUGCAAUCCUGUUUUAUUUAUCCUAGACCCUACCCAUUCAUUUUUCACCCUACAGCAUGCUGACAUUUUCAUUUCUAAAAACAAUUUUAAAAAAUACUGGAAUAUAAGUGUGAAUCUCAAAACUAGUUUUCUUGAAAUGAAUUCAUGUGUAUUAUAUUUUUUGGACAAAAAUUGUAUUUUUGCUGUAAUUUUAAAGAAUAGAAAGAUCACUUAUUGAAAAGGUUAGACUUUAAUAAGCGAGCUUGUAAAGAUGGUUUAGUGAGAAACUUGAAGGAACCGCUGCAUAGUACAGUUUGUUUUACAAAGCGUUUGAUUAGUUGAUUGUCCCAGGACUAAACAUGGGGGCGCCAUCUUACCGCAUCAGUAUUACGGUUUGUACAUAGGUUUUCUUUGGCGUGGAGUGGCUUUGUUUUAUUAUCUCCCCCCUUGACGCUAGUUUGCUUCCCUUUCUUGAACAGCGCGCGGACAGCAACAUUUUGCCGAGUAAACAAAUUCAAGAAGAAAAGAGAAAAAAGACAAACAAAAGAAAUUGAUUUUAGAAAACGCUUGUUUAUUGAAAGCGAGAGAAAGCUGCGGUGUCAGUAGUUUUGUCACAAAGGUCCAUGUCACCAUCAGCAGCUGUUGGUGGCAGAAUGAUUUUUCUCCCACUGAUGUCUGUUAGCAACACCGGCGCAAUCGAAGGUGGGUAAAAAAGGAGGAAUUAAUUGUUUAAGGUCAUGCUUUCCAGGCUUAAUCGAACAGUUCAUGCACGGGAGGGUAGAAACGAUCGGCUUUUGUUUUGAGAGUUUUGUUUCUUGUCGUGACUAGAUCAUUUAUGAGUGUAAGUGUGCAGCGUGGAAUAAAUGGUGUUUGGAAACAUU